AUGCAAAAUUCAAACAGUCAGCUGUUCGGUAUAAUUAUCCUUCUGUGGCUAUUAAUUUUAAUAACAACACAUUGUCACCCAAAUAUGGAUGAAAAUUUUGUCGCCGAUAUUUUACCUAUGGACAUUUUUGUCGAGUCCACAAAAUCAAAAGAGGUCUAUCGUGAAAUAAAAGGAAAGGAUGACAUAGAAAUGUCAAUGGCCAUAUCUGAAAUAACCGAUUCAAUUAACUACAGGAAAUCGUCAAAUUUGACCAUUUCUGGAAACAAUAGCUCCGAAAUUCAAAAUAGUGAGCUCUAUUUUUCGUCAUAUUAA